AUGUCUUUUCAGAAGCUUGAAAUGAGCCACAGGAACUCAACAGUGCCAGCUGAAUUCAUUCUGACAGGAAUUACACACAGGCCUGAGCUGCAGCUUCUGCUUUUGGGGGUCUUCAUAGUCAUCUACGGAGUCGCCAUGAUAGGCAACAUGAGCAUGAUCAUUUUGACCAAGUUGGACUCUCGCCUUCACACACCAAUGUAUUAUUUUAUCAGACACCUGGCUUUCAUUGAUCUUGGCAAUUGCACUGUUAUUUACCCCAAGAUGAUGGUAAAUUUUGUGGUGGAACAAAAUGUCAUCUCUUAUUAUGCUUGUGCCGUGCAGAUGGCAUUCUACAUUGCAUUCAUCAUCAGUGAACUGUUUAUAUUGUCUGCCAUGGCCUAUGAUCGCUAUGUGGCCAUCUGCAAUCCUCUGCUCUACAGUGCAAUCAUGUCACAGAGGCGCUGUCACGUUCUGGUGGGCAUUCCCUAUCUCUACAGUAUCUUCCAAGCUGUGAUGAUAACUAGUAAGAUUUUUACAUUGACUUUCUGUGACUCUAAUGUCAUUAGCCAUUUCUACUGUGACAAUGUCCCUAUGUUACUUUUACUGUGCUCAAAUGCAAGGGAUAUAGAACUGUUGAUCAUAUUAUUUUCAGCACUUAAUUUGAUCUCCUCCCUCUUUGUAGUCUUAGUAUCUUACCUUCUUAUUCUACUGGCCAUAUAUAGAAUGCAUUCUGCAGAUGGAAGGAAAAAGGCCUUUUCAACUUGUGGUUCUCAUCUGACAGUGGUAAUAGUAUUUUAUGGAACUCUACUCUUCAUGUACUUACAGCCUAAAUCCACACACUCCUUUGAAACUGACAAAAUAGCCUCUGUGUUUUAUACUUUAGUGAUUCCAAUGCUUAAUCCCUUGAUCUACAGCUUUAGAAACAAAGAAGUGAAGAAUUCUGUUCUAAGAGUCUUUAGGUAUCAAUGUAAACUUUGUACUUAA